AAUGGUCAUGCUUCAACUUAUGUAAGUUAUGAAAUUUGAUUUACCUCACUGAUAACAGCUGAAUAAUGUCUGUCAUCAUAUCAUCAUCAAAUGUCUGUACAUAUCAUGAUUUGAAAACAAAAUUUGUACGUUUCCUAUCCUAAAAUGUAAAUUAUAUAUAUUUUCAUUUACUCCCACAUUCAAAAUUUAAAGUUAUCUUGAAAUCACUAUGAAUAUACAAAGAUUAAAAUGUUUGAAGGCAUCAGUACAGGCUGCUAAACUGCGUUUGGAGUCAUUGGGUCUAACAUCACAAAGAAAUUUAUCCACAACAGUAAAACAUUCCGGUAAACUGAAACAGAAUUACUCCUUGAAAAAUGAUCAAAUAAUUUUUGCCAAUAAUAAUGAUGGGACCCUUUUGAUGAAAGACUGGAAAAUUAUACCUAACACUCUUCAAAAGCGGACGACACAUACAACUUCAGCCCGAAAAUAUGCAGAUUCGAUCAAGUUUGAGAAUUAUAAUUUACAAGGCUUUAGAAGUUCUAUGAAAACGUAUAGUUUGAUGAGUAAUGAAUUGAUUCCGACCACUGUACAUCGCCGUCAAGUUCUUGCCAUACAGAAGAGCAUUCUUCUUGCGAGACAUUACAGUAAAUUAGUUCCAAAAGUUGAAAAAUGGCGAGCAAAAAGUAAAAAAGAGAGACGACAAUUGGCGAAAUUGGUUGACUGUGUUCCAGGAAAAAACAGUUGUGGGGGAGGUGGUUUCUUUAGUAGAAUUUUUGGUAACUUGUUUGGAUGGAAAGGCAGUGCUGAGCUGAAGUGCAAAAAUUGCCGCAACCAACUUGCUGCUUCCAAUAAGUUGAAAGAGAGCAAACAAAAACAGGAGAUAGAAAAAAUAGAGGAUGAUUGUGAUGUAGAUACCAAACCCAAUCAGAAGGAGGCGUUGCAGAAAAAAUCAAGUAAAGCUAAGGAUGAUUGUGAUGUGAAAUCUGAUGAAAAGGUUAAACCGAGAAAUGCUGGUAAAGCAGAAGAAAAAUGUUCUCCAAAUUCUAUUUUGGAGAGAGCUAAGGAACGUAUGAGAUCGUCGAAAACUAUGACUAGAACAGAAAGCUCUCCUCCAGUUUCUCAUCAACCAUCAUUGAAUAGAAAGAAAGCUAGUAGCUCAUUCAAUAGUGCUGCUCCAUCAGAUAGACUUAAACAGCUUGAUUCUCUGGAGAAAUGUAUCGGAACGCUGCAGCAGCUCAUAAAAAACUUGAGGCUGGAAGAGGAAGUGAAGAGAGCAGCAAAAAAGGAUACCUGUAAACCUGUUAGUUGCUCGAAACCAAAACCAGUGGAUUGUACACAGCCUAAAAAGCCUGUUUGUCCAGAACCUGAAAAGCCUCCUUGCCCAGUACCUAUAAAGCCCGUCUGCCCAGAAACUUCGAAAAAACCUAUAUGUCCAGAGCCCAAAAAGCCAUGCCCAGAACCCAGUAGUCCUUCUUGUCCAGAAACUAAAAAGCCAGUUUGCCCAAGACCCAAAAUGCCACCAUGUCCAGAAACUACGAAGCCUACUUGCCCACCAACUGAUGAGAAGCCUACUUGCCCAGAAAAUAAAAACCCUAUUUGUUCAGAAGGCUCGAAUCAAGAUAGUGGCAGGGAACCAUACAAAUGUGGGAUAAUAGAGGAUAAUUGUCCACCCAAAAGAAAGUACGAGAAACAACAACUCAGAGAUAAGAAUGAUAAGCACUCAAUGUGUGCAAGAAGUUCUUGUGGUAAACAGACUCCAAAGGACAGGGAAGAAUCUCAAAAAGUGAAGGAUUGUACCACUACUGAAGAUGAGAGUAAGAAUAAUAAUUGUUGAUGUUGUGUAUAGCAACGUUUUAUUAUAACAGGGAGAGAUGAUAACAUAAAAAUACAUUUUUAGAAACAAGAA